CUUUGAUGCCUGCCUCGAGCAAAUUCUCAGGCGAUCAUGCAAGGACUGGCGCCUAACAGUCUUUCAAAAUGGACCAAAACAUACCAGGGAAGCCUGAAGAUCCAGCAGACACCCAACCUUACCCAUGGAUGAGCCUAGUUCCUCCAGUUAGCAUGGAAGAACUUCGCAAUGAAACCAGUCAUACUCACAUCCCCACUCUCCCUCAACCUACAUCUCAGAGCAGUCUCCACCAGUCAAUUCAAGAGGAUGGCAGUAAUGACCAGUCCAUAUCCAAUGCAUACCCAGCACUUGCCGCUCCCCUUACCAUCUCUGAACCAUAUCCUUUGAAUGGCGGUGAUCAAAUGGCUGAGGAUGAUGAAGACGAUGGCGAAAGUGGCGCCGAUGCCUCGGACGAUGGAAAUGAUUCUAUUGACGAAGCUGAAGAGCGCAUUGUCCAAAGAACCAUGGGAAUCCAAGAUGUGUCUUCUUACCAGCGAAAGCGAAAGACCCCCCAGUUGAAUCAAGAAUCAUCCAAUACACCUCCCCAGAAACGUCGCAAGAAAGGCACCGGGCGGAGAGGCGGCUGGAGCAAGGGCUUGAAAAUCGGCCCCAGACCAGCCAUGGAACCAAGCCCCGAGUUUACGCGUCUCCACCAACAGGCUUUGAGCGCCUUCAUCGAUGAACAAGACUCCGAACAAGCCCGCGACCUGAUCCUUCAGGCCAUCGCCAUCAAUCCUGAAAUAUACGCGGCUCAUGCCCUGCUUUCGGAGAUAUAUUUCUCACGAGACGAGACCGAGAAGGCCAUCGCUGCAUUGUUCAGCGGUGCACACAGUGCUGCUCGAGAUGCCGCUGUCUGGCGUCAAGUGGCCGAUGCAUGUCUGACCCAUUCCAAAGACAAUAGAGAGAUCGCCUUACAGCAGGCUAGCUAUUGCUAUGCUCGGAUCAUUCAUAAUGAUACCAAAGAUAUUGACGCCCGACUUGAGCGUUCUGCUCUCAGCCGCGAACUCGGCAACAUAGGAAAAGCCAACAAAGAUUUGGAUGCCUUGUUGAAGCUUAUACCUCGUGAUGCCGUGGUAAUGAGGCACAUUGCCGAGAUUGGCAUCGAAACGAAGAAUACCGCGAGGGCAAAGGCUCUGUAUGAGGAGACAAUCCAAUACUACAAAGACACGGACUCCCAAGGAGAAAAAGGCUUCACUUGGGCACAUCUGAAUACCUACGUCCAACUCCUAGCUAACGAAGAGCCUGCUGAAGUUGCUCGAACUAAUGCCAUCACAAGGCUCAGACAGUUGUCUCGUUGGCUUCUUGGGCGCGAAGACGAGUCAUUUUGGGACAACUACGAUGCUGAUGAUCGAGAAUGGGAUGCAGAGGACGAACCAAGACGACUACUUGUUCCACAACACUUUCCCGGCGAGCAUUCCCCCGAUUCGUAUGGUCUUGGAUUACCUCUUGAAAUCCGAAUUCAGUUGGGAAUUCUGCGUCUACGACAAGGCCAUGAGUUCAUGGACGAGGCAAUGGCUCAUUUUGAAUGGUUAGAGCCGGAGGCGCGGGACGACCUUGCAUCUGUUUACGACUUCCCCGACCUAUUUUUACAAGUCGCCCAAACCCUCUUGUCCAUCAAAUGCCACGAACAAGCCCUCCGAUAUUUUGAAGCCUUGAAGGAUGUGGAGGCUUAUAAUGAUGUUGAUUUUUGGCUUGGGAUCGCUACAUGUUACUACGCGGUGGAGGACAAAGCGAAAGCUAUCCAGUGCUACGAGGCUGCCAAGAUAGUGGACAGUGAAUGUGGUGAAGCAAGGACACAACUUGCAAAGCUCUACACCGAUCUCGACGAGAAGGAAAAGGCCAUCGAGAAUGCUCGAGAGGCGGUGCGCAUCGCCGAAGCGGCGACAAAGCUGACGGAGAAACGGAAAUACGAACGUAAAGAACAUCGUCUAGCCCGCACAGCAGCCGAGAAUGCCCUCAAGCAGGCAGUCCAACUUUCAGGACCGGCACCGGCUGGAGUUCCGGUACACCGUAUCGAGUCCCGGUUGAACCGAUCAAGAGAAACACAAGCAAGGUCAAGAAGGCUCCCGCGCCGUAUGCUCGGAACGUUCACUGCCGCUCCUGACCAUCGUAGCAGCACAGACGAAUCAGCUGCAUUCACAGGAGUCAUGAAGACAACGUCUGUUCCCCGACCUCAGUCCAUGAGGCUGGAAGACAAGGAGACUUAUCGCACUCAGGGUGACCUUCGGAUCUACGGCGAUCUCUUGGCCAAUACCGACGCCAUGAGAUCAGGAGAUGAAGCAGCAACACGGAUAUGGAUGGAAUGCUCUACCAGUCUCAUUGCCGACUUCUGCAGCAAUCGCAAGUUCUUCCCCAGCGAGCGCAACCCCUCAGCAUGGAUCAAUGCCAACGAAAACGCCUCCAAAUCCCACAAACGGGGGCAAGGUACAUAUGGACUUGUCAGAGGCGAAUACCAACCAAGAUCCUUGCCAUCCGCCGCACCGGCCAUGACAUAUCGAAACAUUUCCUUCCCUGAAUGGCUUGACCUCUUCCUCGAACACGCCAUGCUUCAAGCCAAGCUGGACACCCGGGAAGCCUGCUAUAGAACCAUCACCGCCGCCAUUGACUGCGACGUUUGGCAUGCAGACUCGGCAGCUCAGCUACGUAUAUACAUCGCCUAUUUCGCAUGCUGCCUUGCACUGCGCGACGAUGCGACUCUCUUCAACAUCGUACUUCGGUGGUUCUUACGAACAUACCAGUUCUGCACUGAUGCCUACCGACUCUUCGCAGCCACCAAUCUUGUCUUUCCUCACCCGAUGGACAAAGGCGGCAAAGAUGGACAAAAUACAAACGCCCCUUUCCGCAGUGGACCCACCCAGAAAUUCAUGUUUCGACAGAUCAUGAUGAUGGACGCAAACCUGCCACUUGACUACAACGAGGGUAGUGAAUGGGGUCCGGUACCAAAUUUCAUGCGGCGACAGAGAGAUGGCGUGAGAAUUGAAGUCCAGCCAAACUCCAAACGUGUCGCAGGUGAAAGCGACGGCGAGAGCGAGUAUGGACUGAAGACCGGCGACGUUGACCAAAUCAAUGACUCGGCAUCCGACUUCGUCACUCCAAAAGAGAUGGACGUUGUGCUCCUUACAUUGUACGCACAUCUCUUAUACGCCGGAGGCAGCUUUGUCAAUGCUCUCUCGUACUUUUUCCGUGCACGAAGUCUGGACCCCAAAAGCCCCGUCAUAAUGUUGAGUAUUUCGCUGGCCUAUUUUCACGAGAUGCUCAAGCGACAGAAUGAAAACCGCCACAUGUACGCAUUGCAAGGUUGGUCGUUCUUUGACGAGUAUGUUGAGUUGCGGAGGAAUGUCGCCAGAGACAAGGACCGGGAGUUUGCCGAGCAAGGGAAGACCAAUUUGGGCUUGCAACACAUAGCCGAAGUCGAGAUUGAAUUCAAUCGAGCGAGAAUUUGGCAGAUGCUGGGCAUGGCCGAUCUGGCCAUCCGGGCGUAUGAAAAAGCGUUGGCACUGCGACAAAAAGACGAGACGUCGAUUAAUCCUGAUGAAAACAACGACAAUUACCCACCCCUGCCCGGCGACAUCAACAGCAACGACACAUCUGAUCCAAAGGUCACUUCUACAGAUUUGGAAUUCACCAUGGAGGCCGCAUACGCAAUUCAAACGAUGUACGCCUUGAGUGGGAACAUGGACAUGGCGAAGAGUGUGGCCGAGAAAUAUCUGGUUGUUUGAUGAGAGAACCUGGUGAAAAAGCACUCUUUCCCAAAACAUGCUUCACAUGAAUAUGACACAGUGUUAGGACGUAGUCUUAAACAAAGGAAUUUAAUCUGCUCUAUUUAAGUUGAUGCAGAGAUCAAAGGCAAUCGGACGAGAGCCGAUGAG